AUGAAGGACACAACGUCCUCCCACAUAGUUUCUCUUCGUUCCCUUACUGCGUCGAAUCAUUGGGGAACUAGUACGACCUACCGUCCUGCUUUGAAUCUACGCAAGGUCGCCCACUUGAUCCGCCAAUAUCACGAUGACACCGACGACGCGUCCGUUCCCGAGCCAGAGACUACUGGAAAGGGCAAAAAACGUGCCAGGUCCCCGUCUUCAGACGAGACAUGUGAUAGAAAAAGAUUGAAGACUAUCUCUGGGGUAUCCGCGACUCACGAUGGUCCCAACCAAAAUAACCCCUAUCCAAUCCCGUUCAUGAAGUACCCACUGUUUUCCGGUUGGAAGCCUACAAGUCCAGUCCGCAGUUCUCCCGACGGGCCAAUUCACUCUGUCCCUGUAUUUCACCACGUCUUUGACAUCCAAUUUUCUAAUAUCGUUGCCGAAGAUGUCACUGCUGCACAACCUCUGACCGACGACUGGUUGGCAGAAGAGGAAUGGUUUGCCAAGGAAUUGGAUAAACAGUUUGGGACCGUGUCGGAACCUCUUUUUCUUGAGCUCGGGGAUGUUUACUUCUCGAAGUAUAGAAACUGGACACUCGUUCUGUCGGAAAAUGGGGGCGAACCGGAGGAAGGGGAGGCAUGCUUUGAAUGGCUUUCGUUGCUACCUGCCUACAACCCCGACAACAUAGACGCAAACGAAUAUGAGCUCUCUUCCCCAGAAAUAGAGGAACUUCUUCCAGCCAUCCUCGUUCUUCAGCAAAAUGAUCGAGCCCAUAUAACUGGUUUCGCCAAGUUGGCGAUACUACCGCACAAGGAAAUUCCUUUCAGCCUCCAGAUCGAUCUGACAGUUUCUCUUUUGACUCCCACCAUCUUUAAGUCACCGACCGUUUCGUACAAGGUCCAACGUACCCUUAUCGAAGACACCCAACGACGGUUCUUACAUUUCUUGUAUCCUCCCUCCCCACCGCCCAGUUCCUUCAAGGGAUGCAACAACGUGGCUUUUUAUUACUCUGUCAUGAGGCCUGCGCCGGAGUUGCUCACAAAGGAUGCGGAAGCGGCGAUGCAGCCUGAUGGGUUGCUCUCGACGGUGUUGCUGCCCUUCCAGCGUCGUACCGUCGGAUGGAUGUUGGAACGCGAAGGGAUGGAUGUGUUGGAAGAUGGUAGGAUUCAGCCCAGUGAGACUCCGAAGGACUUUGACUUUUGGUAUCGUGCUGAAGAAGAGGGGGGUCAUGUUUGGUAUUUUAACCGUUUGACGAGGAUGAUUUCGGAAGAGCGACCGAGGAGGUGUCCUGCUUAUGGGGGGAUACUGGCUGAGGAGCCGGGGUUGGGGAAGACUGUGGAAACGAUCGCGCUUAUUUCGUUGAAUCCAGCGCCUAGUGAUAGACAGCCUAGCAUGAUGCGGUGGGAUCCUGAGUCACAGGUUGCUGUUAAGGCAAUAAAGUCAACGUUGAUUGUUACACCUCAAGCGUUGCAAUCGCAGUGGAUCGACGAACUGAAAGCUCAUGCUCCGCACCUCAAGGUUCUCGUAUAUGAUGGGUGGCUCAAGAUUAACCUCCCUGUGACCUCGACGCAAAUAGAGAAGGCGAAAGAGAUAAUGGCCCAGACGAAGCGAAAGGUAGAGAAGAAGGCUGCUCGACCUGCUACGAAGGCAGCGGCCACUGCCAAAAUCAAGGGCAAAGGAAAGCGAGGCACAAGUAACGAGGAGAACGCAGCUCCCGGACCUUCAGAUCAAGACGUGGAAGAGGAGGUAUUGGAUUGGUACACCUAUGCCCACUCCUUCGAUGUCGUUAUCACCACGUACAAUGUGUUACAAUCCGACCUUAACGUCGCAAGACUUCCUCCUGCGCGUCCACGUCGCACUGGGGUAAGCUACGCUAAUAUUGAGCGUCAGAGGAGUCCACUUGUCAUGUGCGAGUGGUAUAGAGUUAUUAUGGAUGAAGUACAGAUGGCGGGUGGGGGGAAGAUAGAAGAUAUGGUCUCACUGAUUCCUCGUCGGACUUCAUUCGCUGUGUCAGGAACACCAGCUCGAACACAAGUUGCUGACCUCAUCCAUGUUUUGAGGUUCUUGCGAGUUAGUGACUACAUUGGGCCGCAACGCCUGUGGAACCGCCUUCUCCGUCCGGGUUACGCGGGAGAGUUUGCAGACUUCUUUGGUCAUUACUCUGUUCGGACUGUUAAGAAGGCCGUAUCUGAGGAGUUGACUAUUCCUCAGCAAACUCGUUAUUUAGUCAGCAUAGAGAUGGGUCGUGUUGAACGCCAUGUUUAUGAUCAAGCACUUGAAAUGAGUCUGGCCGAGCUUGGUCUCGAUGCGCGAGGUGUAGCGGCUUCGCAAGGUUGGGACGUUGAUGGAGCUAUAUUAAGGCAGGCUAUUCGCCGUCUUCGCGCUAUUUGUACCCAUCCUCAGGUCGGCCAACUCGUCAAACCGAACGAUAAACAGCAUAAAAAUGGUACUUUAAAGUCCAUGGCCGAUGUUCUUGAGACAAUGAAAGACCAAAAUUGGCGUAUCUUGAUGGAGGAUGUCAAGUCAAAGAUUCAAGUUAGAAUCAAGAUAGCUCAACUACAGAUGCUCGACGCAGCAGCACGAAACCGGUAUCAAGUCGUGGUCGAAACCCUUCAGGUUGCGGAGCAAGAGACCAAGAAAUUAAUCGAAGAUAUCGAGUUGGCCCUCACCCAGCAUCGCGCUCAAGGAGAGAUACUCAAGAAUGAGGCUGCUGCACAACGGGAAUUGCGUGCUCAAGCUCGGUCAGACCAGGGGGAUAAGGACAAGCAGAGGGCAGUGUCACCACUCAUUUCCGAUGAUGAAGAUGAUGACGAUGACGAUGACGACCACGACGAAGAUGAGGGCGACAAAGCUCUCCCUCGUACUGAGGCUGGGAAAGAGUACAAGGCUAAGCGGUCCACCUUCAAGAGCAGGUUGCGAGAAGCCCGUUUUGUUCUUCAUAGGGUUAAGCUCCUUCAGGGUGAUGCAUAUCACAAUCUUGGCCCAUUACAUUCAGAUCAGGAGAAUGCUGCCUAUGCAGCUGCAGAACAAAUUCGUAGAACUCUUUUGAAAACCACUGAAAUGGGGGCAAAGAAGGGCAUGCAACAAUUAGCACUGGAUGCUACAAGUACAGGAGUCAACGAACAAGAGUUGCUCAUUCCCGUUCCUUUCUUUGAGCAAGGGGGUAUACGUUCGGCUGAAAUGAUCGAGGAACUUCAUGAAAUCAUUGAGAACGUUCUAAAUGAACAGUCUACUCUUCUUUGGGAAUGGAGAACCGAGAUAUACAAGCUUCUCACUCAGAGAUUGAACGGCGACGGGGGCGACGAUGACGACGCUGAUGGGCAAGAGUACGAGCGUAACCUCAAUAACCAAGGCGAAGCCGAAACAUAUAUGCAGGCUUAUUCAGCCCUUCUUGCUGACAGACGUCAGGCAUUGAUGAACGAGCGAACGUUGCUGGCCGCGCACGACGUAAGAGAGAAGAAGUCCAGAAACACCAAAGCUGCUCAGAACGCGCUUGCGUCCGCUGAAACCCUGGAUCUACCGGAAGACGCUCUUGAAGAGAUGCGGCCGCAAGAUCAAGUUCUUCUUAAGCAAUUGUCUGAUCAACGCAAAGAGCUUCUCAUGGAUCUUGACGGAAGAGCGGUCAAAACCAUCAUGGUGCAACUCAGCGGUGCCCUUGGGAGAAUAACGAAAGAUGACGAUCCUGAGAAAGUCUUAUUGAAACAAACAAUUACAGAAGUUCGGAGGCUAAUCCAAUCACAACAGUCGAUGAUGGAUAAACUCGAUGCCGAUUUAUCUCUUUUCCGCAAGGCUUUCAAUCAUAGGGUAUUGUACUUCCGACAGCUCCAAGAAAUCUCAGACUCCGUGGCAGAAGUCGAGUUCGAAGGGUCUCGUUUAGACGCGCUGCAUAACGCUCAGGAUGAUGUGACAAUUCUCGAUGGGAAGAUUAACACGAAUCGUGCGCGUCAACGUUAUCUCGAAAACUUGGCGUCCCUAGGCGGACAAGACGACGAGGAGGAUGAACGAUGUUGUAUUCUUUGUCGAUGUGAAUUUGAGCGAGGGUUCAUUACACCAUGUGCACAUGUGUUUUGCGAAGGCUGCUUGAAGGCUUGGACACGAAGGAAGGAGGGUAAAACGUGCCCCGUCUGUCGUGUCCCUAUUGACGCUGAUACACUACAACGGUUUACUUUGAAUGGCCCCGAAAACCCACCGCAAAAGGUUCUCAAUGAAAACCCACGGCAAAAGAUUGUCAACGGAGAAAUGGUCCCGCGAAGUCGAAGACAAAUUACCUACAAUAUGAUAGAUCCUAAAUUGUUCAAGAAGAUUCAAAAGAUCGAUGCUUUUGGUGAUUUUGGUAACAAGAUUCAGAGUCUUGUCCGCCAUCUGCUGUACCUUCAACAAAAUGACCCCGGAUCGAAGAGUAUCGUCUUCUCUGCAUGGGCUGAUUCUUUGACCAUCGUUCAGCAAGCCCUGAUCCAGAAUGGCAUACAAUCUAUCCGUAUCGACCGUGGUGUACGGGGAGAAGGCCCGGUGAAGAGAUUCAAGACAAACCCAGAGAUACUAGUUCUUCUGCUGCACGGUGAACGAGAGAACGCUGGUUUGAACAUUACCUGCGCUUCUCGGGUAUUCCUGUUGGAGAGUGUUGUGCACCAUGGUUUCGAGGUGCAAGCGAUUGCAAGGAUUGACAGAAUGGGUCAAACUCGUCCUACGGAAGUGUAUUGCUACUAUGCAGAAGACACCGUAGAGCGGAAUAUCCUGGACUUGGCCGUGCGACAAGGCCUCUCGCUGUACACCAAGGAAAACGCGAGGGGCUCACUGAACUCAUCAUUCACGAACAACAUGGAAAAACAGGUCGUUGAGGGCGCUCCAGCUUACAAGAAGGGUGCGUCGAGGAGUGCAGCGAAAAGUCAAAAGGGUGAUUUUAUCUCCAAAAUUGACGACAUGCUUGCCGUUCUGUUCCCUCACAUGUAUGAGGAUGCUGAAUACUUGAUCGAGUCGGAGCCAGCAGAUCAGGAUGUGGUGAUGGAGGACAUGACAAACGUUGACUUCGAGCUUCAAUCGCGGCGGUCGAUGAUCAUGACAAUGAAUAAGUCGACGGGCAGCGUUAAUGCGAUUGCGGGUCCGUCGAAGGUUCGAGCAUAG